AUGGAGAAAGACGCGUCUACGGUAACGGAUCUGGCAUGUGUGACGGCGAUAAACUCGUCGCCGCCUCCGAUAUCACCGCAAUCUGACAAGAGCGCCAACAAACACCAGGAGGAGUUCGCCGCAAGCUUCGCGUCGCUUUACAACUCGAUCUUCUCGCCGGAAUCUCAGUUUCCGAGCUCGUUAUCCCUCUCUCCUUCUCCUCCGUCCUCCUCCUCUCCCGCGAAUCGCGUCGACACCACCACAGAGCACCGCCUCCACCAAGCGCGGCUCAUCCUCGAGUACGACGAGCUCAACGAGCAUUACGAGCUCUGCCUCCGUCGACUCCAAUCCCUGAUGACGGAGCUCGACUCGCUUCGCCACGAAAACGACGCUCUUCGCAACGAAAACGUCGAUCUCCUCAAGCUUAUCCACAUCUCCACUUCGUCCUCCUCUUCCUCCGUCUCUCCACCGGCUGUUCAUAACCGCCAAUACCGCCAACAGAUCUCGGAUUUCGGCGGCGCUGAUAAGCAUUUCCGUUCGACGAGGAGGAACAAUCCGGAGAGGAAUUCGUUGCCUAAGAGCAUCUCCGUUCGCUCGCCGGGAUAUCUCCAGAUGAAGAACCAGGGAAGCCAUGGAUGCGGCGGUUCGGAUCGUCAAGCGAGUCAGCUCAGCUUCCCGAGUCAACUCGGCUCCGAAUCGGUGUCGCAGAAGGUGUGUGUGCCAACAAAAGGAGAGAAAGAUGCGUUGGAGCUUGAGGUUUACCGUCAAGGGAUGACGAAGACGGAGCUCUGCAACAAAUGGCAAGAGACCGGAGACUGUCCUUACGGCGAUAACUGCCAAUUCGCUCACGGAAUCGACGAGCUCCGUCCGGUGAUUAGACACCCACGCUACAAAACCGAGGUCUGCAGAAUGAUCGUCAACGGAGCCACGUGUCCUUACGGCCACCGCUGCCAUUUCCGUCACUCACUCACCGAGCAAGAGAGGAGGAUGAUGCUUCUCACUCGCUGA